UAUACUCUCUGUCGUGCAUGUUAUAGCUGUGUCUCUCUUUCUCUCUAAAGCUUUAAGCUCAGAGCGUCGUCGUCUGUCGUCCUCGUAAUCAUAUACGAACGCAAACAGCGACGAAGGGGGACACCGCUUCUCUCUCUGUGCUGCUCUGUGCUCUCUAUAUAUCUUUGGCUUCCGUGGGUGUGUACUAAAAACUUCUUUGCUCGCUGUAUGAAUUUUCAGGAUUUGUUUGUCCACAAGAAAAAAAGAAAAGAAACCAACAACACUCACAUCGUUUGUUCAUAGCGCGUGACAGUGUUCCUUGUGUUUAUUUGCUUCGCAUAUGUGUAUUGUGUAGGUGCGCGUGUACGUAUAUAAAGUAGUGCUGCGAAUCCAGUGUAUAAGUUUGUGUCACGUAUACGUGAUUCCAUCGUCAGUAUCAUUACCGAGAAGAACAGAGACAGCCGCUGAUGAUACAUACGUAACAUGUAGGUGCGCGGCAGAUCAGCUCUUGAUUUGUUGAUCCAUUGUAUAAGUGCUACUAUGUUGUUGUCCUCGUGCAAAAGUGCACGUUCAAUAAUAUAUGUAUGAUAAUUGUCGUCCAUCUGUUGAAGUGUGGGUGCUUUAUUCGCAGUGUAAAUAAAAAAAAAAAAAAAAAAAAAAAAAAAAAAAAAACGUGUGCACGUUAUUACAGUGUCUAUACAUAGUGAUACAUGUCUCUCUCCUAGUUCUCAUAAGAUCCGUGAAUAUAAUAUAUAAAAAUCAGCAAAGUUUUGUGCAUCUUGUAUACAUACACAAAUAUCGGAGCAGUGUCGAGUUGUAGGGCGGUGCUCUACCCUCCACCACCGCCCUUCUUUCUUUCACCCUCUCGCAUCUGUUGUGGUGUUAAUUACUAUUACCGUCAUUCCCUGAAAAUUUCUUAAAAAUCACUUAUCUCAAAUUACACAUAAACAACGGCAAUAUCGAAGGUUCGUUGUAUAUUACAUAAUACACGGCCAUUAGGUGCAAACAAAUCACGCCGAGCUGUUAAGCUGGUGUGAAAUAAGCAAGAGUGCCGAGAACAACCAUGACAUGAGCGAGGCUGGAUGCGGCUGUUCGAGGAGAAGUUGUAGUACAGUAUCAAAAAAGAAGAAAAUUUACCGAGAAGCCGAGGUAGCAGGACGAAGAGCUUGGGAGGACGACGCCGGCGCGAGGAAGGCGGCGCCGGCCCCGUAUAACAGGCACUGCAGCAGCGUCGAGUGAGGCGCUUGACAUCCUGCACGUUGACAAGAUGCCAGUCCCGCGGCACUGCCGUAGAGCCAAGGGGCGGUUGCUCUGAGCCGGGGGGCAGGCGAACCCUCAGGACAGAAAAAGCGAAAGCAUGAGGGAGCGAACCCCCUCUGCGGACGACACCCCGAAGAGGGCCCCGCCAGCUCCACCUGGAGAAGCAGACGUGGCAGUGAGAAAAGCAGCGGACGUGGCGAAUGCGUCUGCUUGCGGUGCUCUAAAAAUGGUUGCCUCGACUCACAGCCUCGAUGACCUGGGAGUCAGUCAUAUAGCUAGCGUAAGCCAUCAGAGACACCAACAUCAUCACUCAAAACCAGCUCAGCCCAAUAUUUUGGACAAGCACCACAGCACUAGUCAUUUGUUCGGCAAGAGCACCCAGGAUAAACGCAGUCGACUCAGCAACGUCAUCAACAAUCUACAUAAAAAAGUGCCACCCGAGCCCAUAAAGUGUGACUCAGUGGUCGGAAGCGGUCUUUCCAAAGGCGAACAGGACAAACUCAUGAUGACGGUGCUCCACGACUGUAUUAUCAAACAUGAGGAAAACAGCUCUACCGUCAAAAAAGAUGAUGAAGUCGAACGUGCUUCGAAAGAUCUCACAGCCAAGCCUAGCCUUUCAGUUAAAGAAUUUAAGGACCAGAAUUGUUCUACGGUUGUGGUACCCUCAUGUGAGGAAGAGAUCUUUCCAGCUGCCAAGAUUAACUUUAUAGAGCCUUGCGAGGCGAACGAGAGCAAAGCUAACGCUGUGAUUCCCUUUGUCGAUAAAUUAGGGGUCGAAGAAGCUGUAAAAACAAAAGAACGUGAGGAGAAGAUGAAUGUUGAAGGCGUAACAGAGACAAACGUCAGUGAUACAAGUAAUUCUAGUGGUUCAACACCUAAGAAAGAAGACGUAAUCGAUACAUGUGAAUCACUAAGUCAGCACCAAACACAAGAUGAGUUGGAGGAGAGCUUAGGUUCACUUGGAGCUAUCAUACUGGACAGGUUAAGCGAUCGGCAGCAAAAUGCACCUACGACUCGAAAAGCUCAACAGAGCCCUUCUGAUGACGAGGUACGAAAUAUUUGCAGGGAUCUGGUUAAGCAUCUGGUUAAUAACGUAUUUGAAGCAUCAAACCUAUCGAGUCAAGUAAGCACAGAGAAAGACACUGGGUCGAGCCUAGAUGGUUCAACGCAAAGUCUACACUGCAGCUUACCACUAGAGAAAGUCGCAUCAGUACUUCCAAAUUGUCAGAACCUAAACUCUCCCGCUCCUCUUCUUCCUCUUCCAUGCCCACAAAUUAUAUCCCCCGUAGUCGUAUUGCCCCUUCAAUCAACAAGUCUUUCGAAGCCAACGUCUUCCUCAACACCCGUCGUCGAACCAAGUCUCGCAAAGAGUUCACGCGUGGUGCGACAUUUGUGUCUCUACUGCGAUCGCAAAUUUGCCUCGGUUAUACUGCACCAACGCCACACGGAACGUAUUCACCAAGGGAGUACAGGUCGACGCAGUUCCGAGCGCAACCCACGUAAGCCUAUCCAACAGAGUUGCCAGUACUGUAUUGAUCGGAGUCCGGAAAACUUGUCCAGUCUGUUCCAGCACAUGAUCAGUAGCCACAGUGAUAAGUACUAUGGGUGUCUACAGUGUUUGACUAGGUUUCAAACAAAAGACGCCCUGACUUCUCACAUUCACGAGAUCCACAGUAAUGUAGUGGUUCAGAUGGAGAAACUAAAAGAGCCGAUCCACGUCAAUCUCAAAAAGAUCCAGUCGCACGAGACGGCUGUCAAAGAGGAGCCUGAUAAUAGCAAUGUUAAACCCAAGCCGAGAGAGUGUGAGUUUGACAAUCCAGAAUUCUACCGCAAGGUGAGCAACAAUAUACAGGAAAACCUCUUGAAUCACCUUGACGGCAAGAUCGAGGAUACAAAAAAUGGCUCUCCAGUUGUAACCACGUCGUCAAAAUUAUCAUCAACGGUGGAAAUACCAAGCAAUCCUGUCACACCCCCCGAAAACAACGGAGCAAGAACACCACAGUACCAAUUGCUCGUCGAUAUCUCCCUAUCGGCUGUAACACCGGUAUACCACAAGAUUCGCUUAUCUAAAGGUCCAGAAGACUCAAGCGAGCUAGCGGACAAACCAGGAAAGUCAUGUAGUAAUCGUAUACAUCCACGCAGGCUUUCUUUCGAAAAGUACACCUUUCCCCGCAAAUACGAUAACAAAGAAGAGUUGAAUGGCUCAAUACGUGAUUUGAGCAAGUUUGAUUUAUCAACGCAGUUGACUUUACGUAGAAAGCAAAAACUGAUAAAGCAGCAGAAAAGCCUAUAUAAUCAAACAGGUGAUGUAACAACGUUGUCCGAUAAAGAUGUUGUUCAAGAAAGGACCACAAACACUGAGAAGAAAAGUGAUACUGGUAAUGAAGUGGUUGUGAGUGCUAGUGACGCUAAAAUUGACGACAAAAGUGCUCCGAAUGAUGAAGUUGUAAAGUGCGAAGAAAGUGCUAAAAACAAAGAUUAUGAUUCAUCAUGUGAAAACAAAUCGACAGUGUUUACCAGUGAGUUUGCGAGUUUCAUGAGGCUGAAAAAGUGCAGUGACGAUAACAGUAAAAAAAAUAAAGAAGUAACCAAUGCCGAGCUCACGGGGGAGUGGUCCCGUCCCCGAGUGUACGUAUGCGGCGCCUGCGCUGAAAGAUAUGAAACAAUGAAGGAGCUGGAGGAGCACAAGUCCAUGGCCCAUCCAAACGUCUGGUGUCAGCACUUUGAGUUCUCAGGGGACCAACGCGAGCUCUACAAGCACCUGGUCUUUCUGCCUGGCUCGCAGCGUGCAGCUAGUCCACCCACCUUGAGCGUCAGGACUCGCCAGCAAACGAUAUCCGAACGGGCGUGCACCAAGUGCUCAAAAAUUUGUGCCAGUAUGUCUGAGUUGCACAGGCAUAUGCUUGAAUGUGGCGGUGAUCAGGCUUGGCUCUUGGGUUUCUUUGGAAAUGGAAAAAAGAAGUGCAAGUGGAGGCCGUUUGGCAGCAGGAGUCGGCGUAGGAGGCAGCGGGGUAUGAAAAGGAAUAUACAGAACUCACAAACUCCAAGAAACAAUGUAAACAGGGAGAGACAAACGCCCAAUGGACCUCGUGUUAGACCUAGUGAUCGGGAAAGCAUCCAAAAAAUGUUGGCCAAUCUACCAGCCAAGAGAGCAUCUCGAAAAGUUCUCCAAGAAAACGCAAUGCUUCGAUCCCAAGGUCGACUUCGAAGUGGUCAUUCUGGUGCGGUAUCUGAUAAUCCAGCCUCACGUAUGGUAAGGAGUAAGGCAGUACUGCGCAACAAGCUGCUAAAAAAUGCCAAAUCCUUCCAACGAAAGAAAAAUCUGUGGGAGGAACGCCAGCAGGAGAAGGAAGGAGCUCACGCGUCCAGCGACCAGUCCAACCGUUCAAGUGCAUCCAGGAUCUCAAGUAUUGAACCGAAAAGCCCGACGACAGCCUUGUCCGCAAGGAAAGGCGGCAGAUUGCUGCGCAAAGUACGACUCCUUGACAAGCGUAGAAAUGUUGGUGCACAGAGUCUAGAACAAGAAUCGAUAGAAAUGAAUCGAAGGAUCAAACUAAGGAGCACCGUCACGUCAUCGUCUGCGCUAAGCGACAUUGAGCCAACAGAUAUCAGCUCUUUGGCUAGAAAGAGGCUUCUACCGCGUGCAAGCAAGCUUGAGCCACUAACUGAACACUUGCCAGGAGCUGUCAAAAAGAGAAAAGGUCGACGUAUUAUGAAUACCCUCCUAUCGGUGACAUCAAGUGUCUCGUCCAGCGCGAGAUUGAAAACUCGGCCACAAUUGCGUAGCAGUGACACUAAGCUUGCCAAUAAUCGUCAGACAGCAAUUACCAGAGCUCAGAGGAUUGAAAGUCAGCCCUCGGUGAGACUGCUUACGCGGUCAAAGCUACGAGCAGCUGCAAAACACGCCUGGAUGGAGCAUACCAAAAGUUCCCGGAGAAUCACUAGACUUACGUCUCAGGAUGCUGAAAGAACAGUUGAGCUGCUCGAAACGAUACAAGUGUCAGAUAAAUCGGUGACAAUGUUUUCAUCAGUGACUAUGGAACCAGAACUUUCUAGCAACUCGAAAGAAGCUGGACCACUGAUGUCAAAGCCAAAGUUGUUAAGAACGGCAUCGAGAAAUUCGACAACCAAUCGACGCAGUCUCGAUAAAAUUCCAAGCGAGGAAAGGAGCUCAGAAUCAACGAGAACGUCGUCAAGGAACUCAUCAACCAGUCGGCGUAGCAUCGACAGUAAUUCGAGUGAAGAGAAAUAUCAAGAAAGCGAAAAAGCGUCACCAGUGAACGGUCCCGGCCGGAGACCAAAGAAAAAUUCUAGUAUCCCUGUGAGCAAUAGCGAUGAAUUAUCAACAACAAACCAAAAACAUCAACAGACUGAACCAGCAGUUGAGAUCAAAACUAGGAGUCAAAAGUUGUUAUCGUUUUCAACUCCAGUUUUCACUACAUCAGAGUCUAGAACUCGGCGUUCAACUACCUUCAGAGACGCUACAUCUCAUGAAUUGCCAAAGAAAACCAUUAAAACAGUUGAUGAGCCUAGCGCACAAUUCCUCGGUGGCAAAGAAAAGUCAGGCUUGAGCACCAGAAGUAAUUCUAAAGCGAAAAAAGAGGUAGUCGUUGAUAUUACAGCUAAGAAUGCAACCAAGGAAGUGGUCGAAAAAAAACCAGCCAGACGCACCAUGAAAGACAAGACACCUGUAAAUGAAAAAGUAUCUGAUGUAAAUUUUACAACAGAUGCUACCUCUGCUGCUGUUUCCUCUUCAAAGGAGAAAGAAAAAAUUGGCGCAAUAAGGAAAUCACUAAGAAUAAAGGAGUUCUCUGAAGAAGCAGCGAAAAUAUCACAAAAUGAAUCAGCUAAAUCUGUUGAAGAUUUAGAAGAAAAAGAUAUGGAUAACAUUUCUGUUAAGCCAUGUGAUACAGUUGAGGAAGAACAUAGCCCAGAGAAAUCAAUCACGACCACUAUUAAGAAAACAGGAAUUGGUAAGCGCCGAUGUCGAGUUAAGCAAGUCAUUGAAUCUUUAGUUGAAAAUCCGGUGGUCAGUGAAGAGACUACCACGAUCGAGAAAGUUCAAAGUGAAAAAAUUCAGGAAACCGAUAUUUUCGGAAAAAUAUCUAAUUUAAAAGAAGCAGUCGUUACAAUUAUGGAAAUUAAACCAAAUAUUAAAACAUCUUCUGUUGAACAGCAGGAAAACGAUGACAGUAAAAUUGUACAAAACUCAACUAUCGAACAACUGCAACAGGAAUCUUCUAACUCUAAUAUGGAUAGUGGUAAAGAAAAUUCAGCUGAAGCAGUGGUCACUAUUUCCAAAUCAAAAAUUGUACGUCCAAAAAAGACACGAGGACUUCGAAAUAAUGGCAAAACACCAUCUAACAAAAGGUCACUCAGUAACGUAAUUGGCAUUCUUACUGAGGCUAUUAAUGUUUCCGUCAUCGAGCCGCAAGAGGCCACAACAGUGCUUACAGCUCAGACUAGUCUUGAUAACAAAGGCAACAGUAGUGAAGACUUUACUUGUCAAAUCAGCAAUGAACUAAGUGCGAUAGAAAAUACUACUUCUCAUUCUGAAGGUGUUAGUGAUCCUUGUGUAAAUAUUAGUGAAAGUGCUAACGUUGAUAGUAUUCUUAUUGAGGAACAGAAACAUAGUGAGAACAUCGAAAUUACGUCAAAAGUAACAAAAUCCGAAGGAGAAGAAACGAAUAAAAAUAUUGAAAAAACGAAUAUGAAGCCUGAAAAAAGUGAAUCCAAUGAAGAAAAAAGUGUAAAAGUUACUGAACAGAAGCUAGAAAAAUCAGCACCUGUAGUGGAGAAAAAAACUGAGAUACAAGUGCAACCAAAUUCCAUUUUUCAAGACUCUGCAAACGAUAUUAUUCUUGAUCUGUCAAGAAGGAAGCCAAAGGGUAAAGGCUCAUUUUUGGAAAAAAUCGUUUCAAAGAUUGCCAAACAAAAAGAUGUUUCGUUAAAUAGUGAUGGAAUUCGUCACGUCUCCUCUUUGGGUCAAAAGUGCAUGGAAAGCUCAAAGAUACCUGAGGAAAGAGAUUUGAUCAACUUGUCAUGUAAAGAAUCAAGUGUUGAGUUAAAUGGAGCUACAUCAGUGAGUGAAAGCAUAAGUGCGAAAUUAGAAGAUGCCGUAACAUUACAUAAUAAUGUUUCAAAUACACAGUUGAACUAUAAGACCAUGGCGGAAAAUGUGAAUAUUACACCGGAUAAUGAGUUAAAUGAGGCUAUAAUGGUGAACCGUGUAAAUAUUAUAAAAAGUAAUACUAGAGUCGAAAAAGAUGAGGAAAAAAAUGUUGUUGAUACUUUAUCAGUGAAAACUUUAUCAACUACAGAAGAAACGCUUACUAGUUUUGAGAAUAGUGUAAAAAUAAAUAAUGUAACUAAGUGUAGAGAUAUCGAUGAGAGCUGCCAUAGUGUUGUAAAUAGUGCAAUUGAAUCCGUGGAUGGCAAAAACUCCGUAAAUGUUAAUUUGAAAGAUAACGUGAUUUCUAUAGAAAAUAGCGAAAAAAAUAUUAAACACUCUUCUGAAGUUAAUACAACGGAAAAAAAUCAAAAGAACUCUAUUGAUGAAAAUGUAAAUGAAGAUAAGGAAGAAAGCUGUCUUGUAGAUGUUAUGAGAUUACUGGACGAAACAAAAUCAGUAAAGAAGAUAGACGACAUAGAUGACGAGUUUUUAAAAUCAGAUAAGAGAGAUCUUCCACAUGAUGAGCCAGCAGUUGCUGCGGUCGAUGAUUCUCCUUUGGUGGAUAAGCAUCCGUCGAGGAAAUCAGGGCGUAAAGGCAUUCAAAAAAGAAAUAAACAUAAGGUUUUAGAGUUAAAAGAUACGAGUAAUUCUAUUGAGACAUCUACCAAGUACCAUACAAUUGAUACAAACGUACUGGAACAAGUGAAUGAUGACGUGGCGUUCGACUUAAAAAUCGAUAGUAUAAAAACUACUGAUAACGAUAAAAGUGCAAUUAAUUUAGGACCAAUUGCAAAUGUAACACAUAAAAAUGAGAUUUCUGAUUCUGUAGAAAUUGUUCAAGAAACAAAUGAAACUCCAAAAGUGGAAGUAAAUUCUAAUGAAGAACUAUCCAUAAAUCGAGAUAAAAAUGAUAGCUGUAAGUUUAUUGUAGAAAACGUAGAAAUUUUAGAUGGUAUUACAUCAAAAUCUGUUAUAAAGCAAAAGAAACGAGGUCGUAAGAAGAAUUUCAAAACUGUAAAAGAACUUGAAUUUCAAAAAGAUCAAUUUUUAACCGAAAAUCCGUCUAAAACAAUAGAAUCGACUGAUAACUUGAAUAGUGAGUCAAGUGAAGCAAACCCGGUUGUAGUGAGAGAUAUGUUUAAAAUUCCCGAAACUACUGAAGUUACCAAAUUUUCCAAGAAACGUACUUCUAAAAGAAAGUCCUUCGUAAGUGAUUCUAGUGACGCGGAACAAUAUGAAAAAACGGAGGUUGAUAUAGUGCAAAAACAAAGUAAAGACUUCGAUGUUGAUAAUAAUGUUGAACAGUUUACAUCUUUAUCGGAGACUGAAGAAAAAUCAACUGCGAAACAAACCUUUAAGCGAAAUACUCGUAAUAGUCGAAGCAUAGAAGUCAAAGAAACAUUUUCAAGAUUCAAAGAAUCUGAUGACUCCGAUGCAUCAUCUACGAGUGAAGGAGAGUUUUUGCAGAAAAGACGCUCUCAAAGGAAACAUGUCACGUUUGAAUCUAGCAGCAACAAUCAUAAGAGUAAUAUUGAUGAAUCAUUAGUUGAUGAGAAUCCAGAGAAGAGACGAAGUUGGAGUAGAAAAGCAAAGAAAAAUAUAUGUCUUUCUGAAACUAGUGAUUUUUUCACUGAUAGUGAAAUAUCCAGUACUGAACUAGAAAAUAAGCCUGAUGAAAAUUUAUCAGCUAAGGAAACAAUCACCAAAAAAAUUAAUAACAGUAUGACUGAGGUUUGUGAAAAACAUGUGCUUACAGAGCCUCAUAAAGAAGAACCAAUAACAAAAGAGCUAGAAUCUCAAGCUGAAGUUGCACAAAUUGAUGACAAAAAAAACGAAACCCAACUGUUGAGACCUACUGAAGAACAAAUAACUGCUAAAGACAACGAUACCAAUCAAUCCAUAGAUAGUCAAGGAACAAUCAAUCAGUCAGUUCAUUCACCUGACUUGCAGAUAGGCUCCUUUCAAAAGAAUCUUGACGUCACCAAACACCAACUUGUAGUAGCUGAAGGAAUCUCUAGCUCGGAAGUUGAUAACACCGCAAGGCUUGAUUUGUCAACGCUUAAGAAACGUACUGCUGGCAAUUUUUCAGUUGUAACCAAAUCCGGCAAAAUAUUAAUCAUUGAAAAAAAGAAAAAACUAACAAAAGAAGCCGCCAAGUUUUUUUGUGAUGUUUGUGCAACAAGUUUUACACGAAAGAGUAGCUUGAAAAAACAUAACUUAUCGCAGUCGCAUACGUUACAAAUCACUAUGAACAAUGGGAAGAACAUUGUAAAAGAUACUUCGAAAAAUGAUAAUCCUGAAAAUCUUGCCGUAGAUGGUACUAAAAUUAACUUGGAAAAAGAAAAAGAAGAAAUAGAGCAAACCGAAAAAAGUAUAGAAGUAAAGGAAAGUAACAAUGAAAUCGAAGUGGAUAAGAAUUUUGUAAUUGAAAAAACCGAAGAUAUGUUGGUUUCAGAACAGAACGAAAAAUGUAUACCGGAACCAAUUUCUGAACCUAUUUCUCCAUUGAGUUCAGAAUCUCUUUUACAAUCAGUUGAGAUUGUCAAUGAUAAAAUGACUACUCCCGUCCAAGAAAUUCUUAACACACAUACUCCAACGCUUCCUGAACUUCCGAUGUUUGCUCUCAAAUCUCCAGAACAGCUGGAAGACGAAAUGCUUGAUGAAGAGAUAUGCAAAAUUACCGAGAAUAUGAGUCAUGAUGAAUAUGUUCUAACAGAUCAUGUAAGCCCAAUCACUCCCGAAGCUACAUCGACACCAGUUGAAGAGAUAGAUGUUUCGUUUAACAACGUUAAAUCUGUCCCAAAAGUUUCAAAAAAAAAGAAGGAAAAUAAAAAUAAAAAGAAGAAUUUAGCUGAUGAGCAUUUUAGUCUGGAUACUCUUGGAUCAAAAGUGCCACAAGAAAAUCUUUCAGAAUCUUUAAAUAUUAAUUCAAAUGCCGUUGAAAAUCUUAUCAAAAGAAAAAGUGUAGAUUGUACAAACAUUAAUGAACCGACAAUUGAGCAAAAAAAUCAAAUUGGUAAAACUGUUGAUGAACAAUUAAAAGAUAAUCAGAAUAACCCUAAUUUAAGUUCUGCUGUCAAAAGUGUGAAUCAUGAAGAAGAUGUUAUGGUUAAAACUAAUUUAACACUUUACACAGACGAUAGCAGACGAAUAACUCGCAAUCGAAGUCAAAAUAUUGAUCCUCCCAUGUUUGAAAAUACUCGACCAAAAAGAAAUAAAGCUCGACCCAGCUAUAAAGAAGAGGAAAACUUAGAUUUUGAUGAAGAGUUACUUGAAAAUAGAGUUGAAGGGAUAAAUAAAGAAUCGAAAAAAGUUGAAAACAACACGAGUGUCACUUGCACUGAUGAACCUCUAUCUAGAAAUAAUACUAAAAAAUCAAGGAAAGAAUUAAAAUUAAAGACCGAAAAAAGUCAUACAGCAAUGAUGAAUAACAGUAAAGUCUCUAAUUUCGAAAAAUCAAUUUCUAUGGAAACCGCCACUACUGAACUUAAUGAACAACCAAAAGUACCAGAGAAGAAACACGAUAAAGAAAAUUCUGUGUUUAUCAAUUCAAAAGAAGAAAAUAACGAAAAUGAAGAAAAAGGAUCGGAAUUGAUUAUUGAAAGAAGAAUUAUUGAUCUAAAUCUCGAACAAACAGACCGAAAAAAAAAUUAUAACAUUACUACUGAUGAUUUAGAAACUGAAAUACUACCUAAGAAAAAGAGAAGCAGAAAAUUGAAACAACCAACAAUUGACGUGGAUAAUCCAUUCUCUGAUGAAAAUACAGCAAUCAAAAACGCGAGUCCUAGUGAAAAAAGUUUGCUAGAAAAAGAAAUAGAAGAAGAUAAUGAGUUGUUUACAAAUAAAAAAUUACACAAGCACAGAAAGAGUCAAAACAAAAAAUCAAAGAAAAGUUUUGGAGAAACUGAUUCAAUUCUUAAAAUAUCAAAAGAAACAAUCGAAUUAAAUGUAACAGAAGAAACAUCAUCUAAAAUCGAAAAUUCAUCAGUGAAUUCUGAUGUGAACAAACAGUUGAAACCAAGCGUGCUUCUUGAGUCGUCGAUAGUGAAAAUAAAAAGUACCAUUACAGAUAACACUGAUAUACCGACCACAACUAUGCCUAUCAAAAUAAUAAAAGUCCCAGUUGAAUCAGAAAAAGUGAAUUCCGAUUUUCAGCGUAUUAUAUUUCCUAGUCUGAGUAAUGAAAACUUUAAAACAUUUGAUGACUCGAAAAACGAACUUCCAUCAUCUAUGCUUGGAGGUUUCGACAGCGAUGAAAACUCUUUAGAUACGAAUAUGUCUGUUGAUAUUCAAAAGUUGCUUGACGACCCAGAAAUGACGAUUGAGAUAGCCAAGCAGACUGAUGAAGCAAGUCAGAUGACGAAAAAUUUAGCCAAUGUUGAACUCAAUGACACUGUAAAUACUAAAAAGCCGCUUAUCCAAGAAUCACUUACGCCAGUCUUAACGGCAUGCAGUACCGAAGGAAUAAUUGUUGAUACUAAUGAAAAAUCUGAAGAAAAUUAUGACGAUGUACAGACAGUUUUAGUACCUAUAGAGUCAGUAGAGAAAUGCAAAAUAACUCCUAGAAAGGUAACUGUUACACCUAAGCAUCUGGGGAAAAAAUCUAAAGAAAAAAUUAUAACUGAGACCUCAAAUAUUAGUGAAAGUAGCGAGAUUGGGGAGGAUAAUGAAGAUGAAAAACUAAAAAAAAAUAAAAAUAAAAUCGUGAAAUGUGUCUUUGGCCGUGUCUUUGGUGGCGAGAAAGUAAAGGAAGUUCUUGAUGACUGGCAAUCGCGUUCUGGACACAAUUCAUCCGACAGUGAGAGUAACAAACCUACUCGAAAGUCGAAAUUAAAGGCAAGAAAGAAUGUGCGAGCUGUAAGUAAUGAUAAUGUUAAAAAAUUAAUGGAGGUGACCAGCCAUAGUAGACAGAGUAAGAAAAGAGCCGGAGAGCUCAUAUCGAAAUCAUUUUGUGAAGACUUGCCUUCAACUGUAAACAAUGUCAUUGAAAAUCAAAAACUUAAAAAUGAAGAUCAUGAGAUAUCCCUGAUUAUUGAUGAAGAGACGUUCGAGAACGAGGAAUGUAACAACCAUGGCAGUACGCUGAAGGAAGUAUCCACAGACGUAAGGCAACCAAAAUUCAAAAAAGGAAAAAAGAAGAAGGAUGAGUCUUUUUCAGAUAAUGUUAGACGAUCCAAAGUUCAGAGCAACGACGAAGAGGACGAGGUUGAAGAGUCAAAAGAUUCAGAGGAUUCUCAGUUGAAGAUCGAGCAGGAAAAAGUAUCUUUUGAAAUCGAUAAUAGCAGCAAUAAAAGCUGCGAUAAAGUCAGCAGCAUAAUUCAAUCAACUAAUUUGCAUGAUUCAACUGACGACGAAAGUCUCCACUCUCCAAGUGAUGACGAUAACACACAUCGUCAUGUAAAAAAGAUACGCAAAAGUCGCAAGAAAAGAAAGUCCAAAUCAUGUUCAGUAAAGUCUCCACAAAGUCUAUCCACCCGCCGUGAACAAAUGAUCAAUGGACCAGUAGAAAUGGUAACAAUCGGUCCUACGGAUGCACUGGAAGACAAUGCCCUUGAUUAUAAUUUGGAAAUAACUGGUACAUUGUCGGAAAAACCUACUGUACAACAAACUAAAGUAUUAAACUUUGAUGAGGAGCUAUUUGUUGAGUGCUGUUCACGACUCAAGGCAAGUGGAAAGGAGCUCAGAGGUGCAAAGAAAAUCAAGCUUGAUCACUCAGCUGAAGAUUAUGUGGCUGCUACCGGAUCUUAUCAUCAACACCGGCAUAAGAAAGAUGAACAGAUUACUCCUUACAGAGAAAGUAAGGACAGGUGGAAAGCUGUAGAGAGUCAGAAUAGCUUGGGAAGUCUACUUGAGUCUGUUAAUCAGCUACUUGGUGAAGAAUACAACAGCAACGAGCGUGAGUUCACCAGUUCAACGACAAAGCGAAGUCGGAAUCACCAUAACCACCAUCACCAUCAUCACCACCACCAUAAUCACAACAACCACCACCACGGUCAUCACCAUCAUCACCACAACCGUCAUCACAGUAAUAUGAGUGGGCGCUCGAGUCCAGAGGACAUUGCGUUACAAUCUCGGUCACCCGAAUAUCUUGAGACGAGCUACGAUGACAGCUUAGACGUGGCCUUUGAGCACAACAAUAAACUCCGUGACAAGAUCCAACGUCGCAUGCAAGAAAGUGAGAGCCUUAUCGCCACGUCUUUUGGACAGCACAAGUCCCACGGUGGUAGCCCGGCUGCUGCCGCAGAAGCCGGCGCAGCUUAUGACGAUGGUUAUGGUUUAGAUGCUGGCAAGGCUAAGAUUGAUAACGGCUUUGGUGGGAUUGUUGAUAAAGCUUUGUCUAAUCUCGAGAAACACGAUCAUAAUGGUUCCACGCCGAUGAAGCUUCUAGCCGAACUUGCGUGUGCGCGAGCUCCGACUUCUACGACUCCAACGGUACAUGAAAAAUCAUCUGAAAUUCCUCCGACGUACCAAAACGUGAUUCCUCCCGUUAGUGACCACAAACACCACACAAGUCACGAGUUUCACCAAGAUGAAAAAAGUGCUUCUAUUAAAAAGAUAAAAAACCCAAUCAAAGAACUUUUUGAGCGCAAAAAGGAUAUCUACGACAAGAGACACCUCGAAAAAAUUAAAAGCUCAUCAAAAUCUUCUGACAAGUUGAAGAAACAAAAGAAAUCUAAGAGCGGGCAGCACAAUUUGCCUCUGAUUCGUACAAAACAGUAUCGAGGAGGUAUGGUCGUGCGCAAAAGGCGUCGCGACGAAGGUAAGAAGAAGAACACUAUUGGUCUCAUCGACAGCAAGACAAAGGACGUGUACGAUUUCGACGACGAGGAAGAGAGUAUGGGCGAGCCCGCCUUCAACAACGUACUCUCGUACAGAGCAAAGACGGACGCGCCUGUGAAAGAAUUCAGCAUGUCAGCGUUACUUUCCAAGGCCAUCGGCGAUACUUUGACGAACGGUAAAUCGAUCACUGCUAUGGGCGAGAACUUGGAGAGUAUGAUUGACAGGAAGUUCAAAGACAUUGAGAACCACGAGCCUAAGAGCAAGCUCGCCAGCGUCGAAGAAAAGCAGGAAAAUAUCAUAGGGCCAAUGGAUGAGUUUGUGGAAAGACGGCAAAAGUCAUCGAAAUCUACAUCAGGCGAGCACGUCGCUGCCAAAAAUUCGAGCAAAUCAAAGAAAAAAAGUGUAAAGAAUGUGAAAAAAAAGUCACGCAACGCCUGGUACGAGGACGACAGUUCAGACGAAUUUGUGACGAAGCUGAAAACCGAUGAACUUACCGGUGUUGGGAUCAACAAGAGCCAGAGGACUUGCUCCAAAGGCAAACAAAACCUGUUUGCCGAAAUGUCAUCGACUUCGUCCGACAGUGAAUUCGAACGUCAUCCCGAGGAUGAAAACGCAGACGAAGACUCGCAACGAGAUCUCAUUACAGAAAUUUCGAAAGAUAAGUGCGCUGAUCUAGAAGCUAAGGAACAAACAAAUGAUGACGAGACCAUCAUCAACAACGAACCUGAAAACAACGUAAGCCAAAAGAACUGGGACAUGCGGGACGAUAACGUCAAAGGGGCAAAAAGCGUAUCACCCUAUCUGGAUAACAACAAGAAAUCCGAGUCCGAGCUCUCCGAUCAUCCUCUAGUAAUUGAUGAAGGUCAAAAGGACCCAGUAGAUUUGGAGCAGCGCACAAACAGCGACGACGAGACUGAACAGCGCACCCUCGACCUCGAUGAUCUGUAUCGGGAGGACAGUUCCAUCGUUGAUUCUGACCGAGAUGAGUUGUCCAUCGUAACAUCCGAGGAGAAGACCAGCGCUCGCAAAGCAACGCACACGCCGUCGGAAAAGCAGCCCGGUAACACGGACAGAUUCAUUUCCAUCGAAGACGCACUAAAUAUUCUCGAUAGCGCCCAAGAAGUGUCAGUUACCCCGACAUCAGCAAAAAGAUCGCGAGUCUUCGCUAAGACGGCAAAGUUCACUUCUGCCAAAAAGAACAAAAAGCGAGACUUUGAUGAGUCGCAAGACGACGAGAACGAUGAGUACGAAGAAGAGGACGCGUCGAAAGUCGAACGGCUGCCGGAAAAGUUGGCCGGCAAUGAAAAACCGCCGCGCGAGUCCGAAAAUCUGCCCUUGCAUGUCUUCCUAAGCCGCAAAGUGCAGGAAUCGAAGAAGCGCAAACAGCAAGAGCUCAAAAGACUCCAGGAGGAGCAGGAGCGCGAGCGCAUCCUCGUGGACAUGCAGCCCACGCGACGCCAAAGGAAGUGCGCCAUUGGCAAGCAGGGUCUGCUCGCGGAGAUCAGCAGCUCGGACGAGGAGUUACUGGUGUCCUCCAGUGGCAAAAGGUCCGUGGAGAAGAUCGAGAGCCAUGAAAAGCCACGUGCUGGCAAACAGAGACAACGCGAGUCAAAGGAAAGGCGCAAGGAAAGGUACAUCGAGAAAAAACACGAACAGAUGAUAGCCAAAGAACAAAAGGCCAUAGAAGAAGCGAUAAUGCGCGAACUCGAAGAGAAGAGACUGAGCGCGACCAGUGAGGCUUCGGGCUCCGAGAAAGACGAGAAAAGACAGCCCUACGUAUCGAAAAAAGAACCUAUCGAAACCAGCGCCAAAGAGGUGUCGGUGGUUGGAGACAAACUAGCAAGAUCGAGAAAACAAAAGAGCUACGAAGAACCAGAUGACUGUUUCGACAAUGAUGAAUCCAUCGAAACUUCGAAACUGACAACAAACCUCGACCAGGACACAGGGAACGACGAAUCACCCAACAAGACCUUGGACGAGGUGGUGCCUCCCAAAAAGAAAAGAUCGCCCAACAAGGCAUCCCAGAAAAACACGAAGAAGGCCGCAAGGACCGCAGCAGAGUCAAAAGCUCCGGGCGAUGGGAAGAAGAACAACAAACGCGCGUCUGGUGCGUCAAGCCAUCGUCGUACGUCCAAGAACUGCAGCAAAGAUAGAAAGGACGUGCAAGGGCGGUCGCUAAGCAGCAAGCGAGAGUCCGACUUGGACGGCGACGAGGAGCUCAAGGCGACGAGGUCCUGGAACAAGGUGGACGAGGCCGUAGGUGUGGCGAUAGGCCGACGGAAGCGAGCCGCUGCCAACCAGUUGUACUAUUGGUCGAGCUCGAGCGACGACGAGGAGAUGGCCAAGGCCACGAUCGCGCCGCAAGCGACGGUAGCUCCAGUCCCAGCUCAGGCCGGCCCGGAGCAGGACGACAAACAGGAGCAGCACGGCUGGAUCGUCGGCGACUCUCACAAGCGAAUGAUCACUAUGCUGGCGAUGGAGAAGCAGAUGAAGGAAAAGCGCCGGAGGAGCGAGAAUGACGAACAGUCGCCCGCGACGGUGGCAGCAUCGACAGCUGUGGUUGCUGCUGACGUGGACGGCAAGACCAAGAAGCACAGGAGCAGCCUGUCCUGAUACGGGCUCGACGACUAAGGCACUUUCGGAUCGACGGCGCGUGACAGUUGCACGCUCUCGUAGACGGACGGGCAAUGGCCAGCCCCUCGAUCCGACUAGUUUCCUGCGGUGGAAAAUGUGAAUCAACGCUUUUGUACAAUAUAACUUUCGUGGACUCUACUUAACACGACUUUGAUCGUCUGUUGUUCUUUGUGAAACGUGUGUAUUAUAUGAGAAUUAGAAGAAAAGAAAAAAAAACACUUCCCUCUUGUCGACUUAGGAAUACGUGUGCGAAACUUGUAAAUGAAAUGCGUUUUAAGAUAAGCUAGUGACAUUCAUUGUUUUUUUUAAAUUAAAUGUGACGUAUAGAUUUUGCAUAUGUAAAUGUACAAGCGUGUUUAGAGAGUUUUACCGACUUGGCGAGCUUAACUAAGUAGCCAAUGCAAUAUUGUUUUCCUUACUUUUACAAGAGCAGUGAAAUAAGUUUGAAUUACCCUGUCCAUGUAUAUUACGUUGUUAACGGUAGCUUUUUUUUUUAUAGUGGUAAAAGUAGUGCGUUUAUGGAGAAACUACCAGUUACUGCUAUAAGAGUGGACUAUUGUGCAUUGUGGGGGUCGAUUUACUUUGUGGUUGAGUGUAUGUGAUUCCUUGAGCAGAUAUUGUGGACGUCGCUGCAGCUUAAGCGAUAAAAGAAAUAGUAAUAAAUCAAAAUUUACGGCAUCAUUAUCUACGACGAUAAAAAUUUAGCUGACUUAAUUACUAUUUUCAUUUAGAAAAUCAAAUAAAAUUUUCUUUCUAAAUAGAAUAAAUGCUUAUUUGUGUUAAUAUUAAGUCGAAAUACUACUGCCAUCAAACUCUUACUCAAUAGGUACGCAAUUUACCUUAUUUCUUCAUACGAUUUACGCCUGUACAUCUCUACACUGAUGAAACGUAUAAACUCGAUUUCUUCUAAGUAGCUUCUCUUUUUUUUUCUUCUUAAAAAAACUAGUGUUUUAUUAAAAUCGAAAAAACUGUUGCUUCAUACGAUGCAUUGUACAUACAUAGUCGCUUAUAGUGUAACGAUUAAUGAUAAGUUUUCGUUUCUUAUCACAACCAAGAUGUAUAAUUAUGUGGAAGCUGGUGAGAUGCAAAAUGUUGCAUAUACUGUAUCAUUACAAUUGUAACUUUGUAAACUUAGACUGAAACCCGAUACUUAGAUGGUCAAACUGUCGGGCGAGAGUUUGCGAGCGGAAGAGAAAAAUUAAUUAAUUGACGUAAUUUAAGGAGCUCUUAGACAAUAUUAGAAAAAAUUCCGUUCAAAUGGUCCUUGUUUCUUUUCUCUCGUUUGAUAUUUCAAAGCAAAAUCUCUUUACGUGUGAUGAUAGGAAAAGUACGAACAAAAAUAAAAAUUAGAAAACUUUUAUCGUCUACUCAACGUCUGUGCUUUCUUCCUAAGCUUAAUAGAUUUUGCAACAUAUCGCAGGGAUCUUGGUUUAAUCAAAGAUCGAUAUUGUUGAAGAUUUAUAGUAAAAUUAUAAAUAGAUCGUCUGGAUGUGCGUUUACAUUGACCCAUGCCUAUCAUAUUGUAAGAAGUCUCAAUAUCGAUUUUCAUCCCAUUUGUUUGACUUUUCAUAUUUCGGUUUCCAUGUGUUCAUUUGUUUGUUUAGAGGGUAUUGCAAUAUAAUCACUUAAGUCAUUGGAUUUUUUUCCAUCAGAAUUGAGAAGAAAAUUUUUUUUGGUGUACGUUAUGAAUUGUGUAUUGGUGUGUACUAAUGAACUUAUAGGGAAAAAUAAAACAAAAAUAUAGAUCCGUUUGAUUUUCUAUUACUAUGCAUAAGACGAUGUGAUGCAUUACAGAUAAAAUAAAUAUUAUAAUUAUACGAAUAAUAAUAGACUUUAUUGUAAAUUUACUGCCAUAAUCAUUUAUAUUAUCGUACGAAAGCCUAUGGAAAUAGCUAUGAUAUAUUGAAAUUUCGAUUAAUUCCUGUAAAGACGAGAUGUUACACAUCCAGUGUAAAUAGAGCAUAUUUUCAAUGUGUCUGAAAAAGUAUGUUUUGUAAUAUAAG